UGUGGCCGUGCCGGGUCAGGGGAGCCGAGCCCCGGUCACCCCCGGAGAGGGGCGGCGUCCCCUCUGCUGGCCCUGGUGGGGCCGCGUCUGGGUACGGUGUCAGUUCUGGGCUUCUCAGUACACACAGAGAGACAAGGAGCUACUGGGGAGAGUCCAGCAGAUGCCACAAAGAUGAUGAAGGGCCUGGAGCAUCUCUGUUCAUGAGGAGAGGCUGCGGGAGCCUGGAGAAGAUCGUGAGGGGAUCUCACGAAUGCAUAGAAAUACCUCAAAGGCGGCUGCCAAGAGGAUGGUGCCAGACACUUCUCAGUGGUGCUCGUGACAGGACGAAGAGUAAUGGCCAUAAACUAAAAGAUAAUAAGCUCCACCUCAGCUUGAGAAAGAACUUACUUACAUUGAGGGUGGCAGAGCACUGGAACAGGCUGCCCGGGAAAGUCAUGGAGUCUCCGUCUCUGGAGACAUUCAAACCCCAGCUGGACAUGGGUCACCUGCUGCAGGUGACCCUGCCGUGGCAGGGGUUGGACUCGACGCUCUCCAGAGAUCCCUUCUAACCCUGACAAUUCCGUGAUCCGCGGGCUCCCGGCCCUUGCCCAGAGGGCGAGGCAGGAACGCUUGUGCGCGGGCUCUUCUUUCCGGGGGAAGCGGCGGGGCGGACGCGGUGCCCGCGGCCAUGGAGCGGCGGGAGCAGCGGGAGGCGGCCGUGGAGCGGCUGGACGGGGUGACGCGGGAGCGCUUCCUCCGGGACAUCUACCCGCGGAGAAAGCCAGUAGUGUUGACAGGACUGGAACUGGGUGCUUGCACCACCAAAUGGACAACAGAUUACUUGAGCCAAGCUGAAGGAUCUAAAGAAGUGAAGAUUCAUGUUUCUGCAGUGCCACAGAUGGAUUUCCUCAGUAAGAACUUUGUGUAUAGAACUCUGCCUUUUGAUGCAUUUGUACGAAGAGCAGCUGAAGUCAAGCACAAGGAGUACUUUCUUACUGAGGAUGAAAAGUACUAUUUGCGAUCAGUGGGUGAAGAUGUUAGGAAGGAUGUUGCAGAUAUCAGGAAGCAGUUUCCUAUUUUAGCAGAAGAUGUUCAUAUUCCAGAGUAUUUUGAGAAGGAGCAGUUCUUCUCUAGUGUCUUCCGCAUCAGCUCAGCUGGAUUACAGUUAUGGACACAUUAUGAUGUAAUGGACAACUUCUUAAUCCAAGUCACAGGGAGAAAACGAGUUGUUUUGUACAGUCCUCGAGAUGCACCAUAUUUAUAUUUAUCAGGUACUAAAUCAGAGGUGCUGGAUGUGGAUAACCCAGACAUGGAGAAAUAUCCCCUUUUUGUGAAAGCCAAGCGCUAUCAGUGUGUUUUGGAAGCAGGAGAUGUGUUAUUUAUUCCAGCUCUGGCACUUAAGCACCAUGAGGCACAUGGUCUGAUGAGAGUUAUGGAUGGUAGAGUUCUUGGACCUUCUAAAGAUUAAUAAUCCUCUUUGGGGAAUGGAAACACAAGUCCUAAUCAUUGUUCUGCACAAGCAGAAAGCUGCUCCUGGGCUGACAUGACAUAUUCUGGUAGUCAGGAAAAGGCAUUUGAAUUACUCCUAUUGAACUACUCCUCCUUGUUACUGCUUUUAUUUUAACUCAUUGUGAGCUUGCAGCAGAUAAGACUUAUCCUGUCACUUUUACUUUAUCUGGGCAAUAUAAACAGGUCAGUAAACAAGAAGGUAAUAGGUUUUUAGGAAGUAAUUUUAUAAUAGUUUCUUAGCCUUUGACUUGUUACUUAAUUUUGAACUGACCUUUAUGUUUCUUCGUAAAUAAACUUUUGGUUACAGUUAGAUAUGUCCAUACAGUUAUAUGUCACACUGCUGCUGAUGUCAGCAUCCCUGUUUUCUGUUUAUGGAGUCCAGAUACUUGUUUGUCUUUGCCAGUGGGUGAGCAGAGUCAAACUUGAGACACACUCGGCUCUCUUUAAGACUGAAUGGAGAAUAUAGGGACUUUUGAGUCCAGAGAAUGGUGCUUUGUCAGCAUCCUGCAGUGCAUAUCACUGAAAAAAAAAGAUGUUUUCUGAGGAAUGUGUUUGGUUAUUAUGAAGAAGGUAGAAGCAGCCCCUCUUCCUAACCUGAAAGAAGCUUCAUGUUGAUUUCUCAAAAUAAACUUUUCUAUGUCUUCAGCACCUACAGGCAAAUAAGAUGCAAUGAACACAGCAUUCAUACUUUUAGCUUAAUAUUCAAGUAUCCUAAAUAUACCAUAUUAAACUGAUUCUUAAAAUUUCCUCAAUGAAACAAAGAUGUCUUGGCUUCCUUACCACAGUCAUGAUUCAGCUGAAAAACCUCAUGCCUUCAUUAUGACAAGAUUAGAGACUUUGGCUGAUGCUGGUGGUUUACAUUAAUGCCUGGACAGCAUGUGCAAGGUUAGGGACUAAGAGAAAAUAGAUACCUGCAUUUAGAGUGGAGGAGAGCAAGGGAAGGUGUCUUUCUUUCACCCGACACAUGCUUAUCCUUUGCUUACAUUUGAGUACCUCUACACUUCAGCAAUUGUUACGUUUAUGAGAAGUUACGGAUCAGCAUAAAUGUCUUGAAAAACUUCUUAAAUUUGGUACAAUGCAAUACAUUCAUAUGGAUAUCUAUAAAUAGACAAAAAUACAGUAGUUGAGGCUUUUCCUCAACUAGAUUUCGUUUGGGCAAUUCUGACACUUGCUUGGAGUCACAUGGAAGUUUUGCACAGUAAUUUUUAUUUUA